CUAGCAUGCAUGCCACAAUUAAUUAAUUAAUUGUUAUUGAUUGCGUUGGUAUUCGUAGUUGAGUGCACAUCUCAAAUAUUUUAGAGAAUAUUUCCACACGUACACCAAACAAUCCAUAAUGCCAAAGUUGUGCUCCACUCCUAAUCAAUGAACUUUGCAUGCAACCAAAAACUGCAAAAAUUCAAAGAAUCACAUCGUUAUUAAUUACACAUUAAUCAUCUGCAAAAAAAAACCUAGAUUUUUUCCCAAUCCCAUUUCGAUCUUAAUUCACAUCAAACAUCCCAAAUCCAGUACCAAUCAUCAUUCGUAUAAAGAAUCAAGAUUUUAGCAACCAAAAAAGAAAAAGAAAAAAUGAAAAUCAAAAUGCCAAAUUCAUCAUCACCGGAGACCACAAUCCACGACCCUUUAAAACCCUGGAAACACCUCCUCUCCCCGCCGCUGAAAAUCCCCAUUUUAACCUCCAAUACCAUGAAAGCCCUCCUCGCAAUCUGCAUCUUGGGGGCAUUUCCGAUAUUCUACCUCUCGUCGUCGCCGGCCACCGCGAGAUGGCGGGCCACCGACUGCCCGGAAUGCGAUCGGACCAUCCGCGGUCAGCUCCGCCGGAUCACCGACAACGGCCUCGCCCGAGCCGGAACCAACAUAUCCCACAUCGUGUUCGGGAUCGGGGGCUCGGCCGAGACGUGGAGCACGCGGCGCCGCUACUGCGAGCUGUGGUGGAAGCCGAACGCGACGCGCGGCCACGUGUGGCUGGACAGGAGGCCGGCGAAGGCGUGGCCGGCGACCUCUCCGCCGUACCGGGUGUCGGGGGACACGGCGAGGUUCAAGUACACCAACUGGUACGGGAAGCGGUCGGCCGUGCGGAUAGCUCGGAUCGUGAAGGAGAGCUUCGAGGCGGCGGCGGCGGCGGCGGAGGGGGAGGGGGAGGUGCGGUGGUUCGUGAUGGGGGAUGACGACACGGUGUUCUUCACGGAGAAUUUGGUGGAUUUGCUGAAUAGAUAUGAUGACAGGGAGAUGUAUUACAUCGGGGGGAGCUCGGAGAGCGUGGAGCAGAACGUGGUGCACUCGUAUACGAUGGCGUACGGCGGUGGAGGGUUCGCGGUGAGCUACCCGCUGGCGGCGGAGCUGGUGCGGAUAUUGGACGGUUGCAUUGAUCGGUACGCCGCGUUUUACGGCUCGGAUAUGAAGGUGGGUAGCUGCGUCAAUGAGAUUGGGGUGCCUCUUACCACACACCUUGGUUUCCAUCAGAUGGACGUACGAGGAAGCCUAUUCGGCCUACUCUCGGCCCAUCCCAUUGCACCUCUCAUCUCGCUCCACCAUCUGGACUACGUGCAGCCCAUUUUCCCGGGCAUAAACCGGGUCGAGUCCAUCAAAAGACUAAUACAAGCCUACAGCGCGGAUCCGGGUCGGGCGUUGCAACAGUGUUUCUGCUACCACCCGACCCGAAACUGGUCCGUAUCCGUGUCGUGGGGCUACAACGUGCAACUCUACCCGUUUGCCAUGACGGCCAAGGAUCUGAGCACCCCGUUGCAAACAUUCUUAACAUGGGGGACUUGGAGCCAAGCGCCAUUCACGUUCAAUACCCGAUCCAUGAGCUUCAACCCCUGUGAAAGACCCAUUAUUCAUUACUUCAAUGGAGUUAACGGGUCCGGGUCGGGUACCACAACGUCCUAUAGAAGGCCGCAGCGGGAGCGCGCAAGACAAUGCAAAAAGGACACCUAUGCAAAGGCGUAUUCGGUCAGGGGGUUUAACGUUACAGCACCUCUUCUUCAUCCUCAAAUUUGGAACAAGGGGCCACGUAGGCAAUGCUGCGAGAUAAUCAACGGUUCAGAUGAAGUGGACGGUGUUGUGCAGGUAAGAAUCAGAGGCUGCAAUCAAUGGGAAUCAGUAACGCCACGUUAGAGCCCUACCAAAAAAAAAGGAAUAUUGACCUUGAGUUUGACUCUUUUGAGCCGCAUCCGAAAAUGGCUCAAAUGUACAACUUUUAUUGCUAAGUGUGCAGCAGGUCAGUCACUGUUGACUUGCAUUGCAAUCACAUGUAUAGAGGUGUUUUUUGUUUUUGUGCUCUUCGACGUUCUGGAAAACAAAAAUAUAUACAAUUUCACUUCGCUAAAACGUGUUCUUCUUCUUUUCCAAAAUAGUUUUGUUUAAUU